AUGUACCGACCGAAUUUCUACGAGAGCACGUGCUUCAGGUGCAACGAGAUAGUGUACCAAGUGGACCGAGUCGGUCCCUUGAAAGACUUCACCUUCUUUCACAGCGGCUGCUUUAAAUGCGCUGUGUGUGGGACCAAGCUUACAUUAAAGACAUACUAUAACAAUCAGCACUGGACAGAAGAUAAAGAAGUUUACUGUUCGAGUCACGUCCCAAAGAUCGGCCCAGGACAUUUGGAUAACUCUUCAGUGGGCAUACGAAGUGCUCUGAAUGUACCCAAAAGCAAUAACUACGUAAAUGAACAGAUAAGGGGACAUGCGAGGAACAGCCAUGAAACAGAAUUAUCACCAACUCGCGCGACCAACGGCAGCAGCGUACACGCUUCACCCGCGCGUGAGUUGUCGCGAGACACACCUGACUACCAAUAUGGUCGCUUCGACGCCAGCGCCCUACAUAUUGCGCACGCGCUCAAACAAACAGAACUGCAAAAAGCGUAUCAUAGACCGAGAGAGAAGCCUAUUGAUUGUUAUUUGUGCAUCAAAAAUCUUAGGCAGUUUGGUUUUGGCGGUGACAGGUCUGAUGUGGUGAAUAAUGCAUGCGCACGAGUGGAGAUUUAUAACGAGGUUGAUACAUCCUUGCGCUUAGUGAAAACCGGACAUGAACUUGUACUCGCACCA